AUGACAAUGAACCUUACUUUUAUGACCCCGUACCUUACCUUUUUGUUCUACUUGUGGCGUAUUGACUUCAUCAUGUUUAUCAAGCUUGACAACAGGGACAUUUGGGAAGGCACAGGAGAAAGUGGCAAGAGUACAUUCAUUAAACAAAUGAGGAUUAUUCAUGGAACAGGUUACUCAGAAGAAGACAGGAAAGGCUUCACAAAACUGGUUUUCCAAAACAUAUUUACUGCCAUGCAAGCCAUGAUUAGAGCCAUGGAUACUCUCAAGAUACAGUACACAUCCAAAGAGAAUGAGGAGAGUGCUCAGAUGAUCAAAGGAGUGAAAGUAGAUAAAGUGACAGUGCUGGAAAGAAAACAAGUGGAAGCAAUCAAGAAGCUCUGGGAAGACCCUGGAAUUCAAGAAUGCUACGACAGAAGGAGGGAGUACCAGCUCUCAGACUCUGCUAAGUAUUAUCUUACUGACCUUGAUCGUAUUGCUGUGCCCUCAUUUGUGCCAACUCAGCAAGAUAUUCUUAGAGUUCGAGUGCCAACUACAGGAAUUAUCGAAUAUCUUUUUGAUUUAGAAAAUAUUAUAUUUAGGAUGGUGGAUGUAGGUGGCCAAAGGUCAGAAAGAAGGAAGUGGAUCCAUUGUUUUGAAAGUGUUACUUCCAUCAUUUUCUUAGUUGCAUUAAGUGAAUAUGAUCAAGUUUUGGCAGAAUGUGACAAUGAGAAUCGAAUGGAAGAAAGCAAGGCCUUAUUUAAAACUAUCAUUACAUAUCCAUGGUUUAUGAAUUCUUCAGUCAUUUUGUUUUUAAAUAAAAUUGAUCUUCUAGAAGAGAAAAUAAUGUAUUCCCAUCUAGUUAGUUACUUUCCAGAAUACACAGGACCUAAACAAGAUGUCAAAGCUGCCAGAAACUUCAUUUUGAAGCUGUAUCAGGAUCAGAAUCCAGACAAGGAGAAAGUAAUCUAUUCUCACUUCACUUGUGCCACAGACACAGAAAAUAUUCGUUUCGUCUUUGCUGCUGUCAAAGACACAAUCCUGCAAUUAAAUCUGAGGGAGUUCAACCUGGUUUAA